AUGCUGGGUCGCAUGGUCUGCUUUGUUCUCGUUGCUGCGGCUGUGGCAAAGCCCCGGCAGCCAAAGUCAACCUAUGUGAAGGUGCCCGUUGUUCCUGAGCCAACGACCUGCGGCUUAGCAAAUCUCCUACGCCCACAGCCUGAUCUCUUUGCAGAUGCCACGUUUGAGGGAGCCUUCGUAAGCGCGGCCGAGGCGGCUGUGAGAGAGGCUGCUGGGGCGGCAUGGAAGCGGCUGGACAGUAACCAAGAUGGCAACUUAGAUGUCGAUGAGUUGUCAGCAGCUGUUCGCGCGUCCUGGAAGUCCAAGCGCUUUCAGCCGCCGGCACACACCUGGGUGUUCUUGUGGGCUCUGGCCGACACAUUCAGGGCAAAGGACCUGUCCAGAUCAGCAAGGGUCAGCAUUGCAGAGAUGGACCAGGUGGUGGAUAAGCUGCUAAGGUCUGUGAAGUUCCUCGAUGAGCGCCGCGCGCUGUUUGACGACAUCGCCGGCCCCGGUGUGGGGGAUGAAGAGGGUGCCUUCUCGAAAGCUACCUGGGAAGCCUGGCGAGCCUCCUGA